ACAACACCCAGCACUCCGCAGUCUGCAGAGGCCACCUGGAAACCUUCCUUGGGACUUCUGUCUGGGCCUCACUCGAAAACUGGACAGGAGACCCCACGAUUGAUGAGUUUGCCUUGGGAGUGCGUGCAAAGGUGAAACUGAAGACGAACAUGGGUCAGAAGGUCACCGGAGGCAUCAAGACUGUGGACAUGAGGGACCCCACGUACCGGCCCUUGAAGCAGGAGCUCCAGGGCCUGGACUACUGCAAGCCCACCCGCCUGGACCUGCUGCUAGACAUGCCCCCCGUGUCCUACGACAUCCAGCUGCUCCACUCGUGGAACAACAAUGACCGAUCGCUCAACGUCUUCGUGAAGGAGGACGACAAGCUGAUCUUUCACCGGCAUCCGGUGGCCCAGAGCACGGACGCCAUCAGGGGCAAAGUCGGGUACACGCGUGGGCUGCACGUGUGGCAGAUCACGUGGGCCAUGAGGCAGCGGGGCACGCACGCUGUGGUGGGGGUGGCGACAGCGGACGCCCCCCUGCACUCCGUUGGGUACACAACCCUCGUGGGGAAUAACCACGAGUCCUGGGGCUGGGAUUUGGGGCGCAACCGGCUCUACCAUGAUGGCAAAAACCAGCCGAGCAAAACGUACCCGGCCUUUUUGGAGCCGGAUGAGACAUUUAUCGUCCCUGACUCCUUCCUCGUGGCCCUGGACAUGGAUGACGGGACUCUGAGCUUCAUUGUGGAUGGACAGUACAUGGGAGUGGCUUUUCGAGGACUCAAGGGCAAAAAACUGUAUCCUGUAGUGAGUGCCGUGUGGGGCCACUGUGAGAUCCGCAUGCGCUACUUGAAUGGCCUUGACCCUGAGCCCCUGCCGCUCAUGGAUCUCUGCCGCCGCUCCGUGCGCCUGGCCCUGGGGAAGGAGCGUCUGGGUGAGAUCCACGCGCUGCCGCUGCCCGCCUCCCUCAAGGCUUACCUCCUCUACCAGUGACACGCCAGCCCCGCGUCGCCUGCACGACAGCCACCUGGCGCCGCCUCACCGAGCUGCCGCCGUGCCCCGCGCCAUGGCCUGGCAUCUGGCGGCGGGAGGAAGUCCCUGCUCUUCCUCGUCAUCCUCCCCGGUGCCCCUGCCGGGCUCGGACAGCCCGAGCCAGGCUCCUCUGUCCCCCGUCCUGACGUUGGCAGAAGUCCCCUGCAUGCCGUAGGAGGUCCCUCCUUGGAAAAGGACACGUAGAAUAGGCUCCCAGGAAGCCCUGCGCUGAGCUCCGAUCUGCCCUCAGGGUGGCAUGGAGCACCCCCACCACCCGCCGGGUCCCAGCGCCAAGCACAGAUCCCAGGGGUGCUAAGAGGUGCUUGGAUGAAAGCUGGUGCUGAGGCCGGGAGGCCACGCCACGGCAGACAGCGCUCAGGGCGUCAGAAACUCCCCACGGGCACCGAGGCAGACGCAAGCCGAGACUGGCCCUUCAGCAGGUACCCGAGCGCCCAGCAUCAGCCCCGGCCGUCCGGUCCCUUGGAACCUUGUAUUUAUUCUUUUAACAAUAAUAGAAGCCAUUUAUUUAUUCCAUUUGGAAAGGAAACCGUGUUUUCAUACCCUCUCUCUGGGGUGUUCUGUUGCCUUUCUUCCACUUGCCCCUCCCUGGGAUAUGUGUGCACCUCACCCGCCCCUCUCGUCAGGCUGUGUCUGUGGUGUGUCCUCACGUGGGCACACGGGUGGCUCUGUUUGGGCUCUGGACCUACAGUUUCCGGGGGGGCUCCUCGCCGAGUUCCCGAGCACGCCCCUUGGGGAAUGUUAGCCUCACGUGCACUACAAGAAUCUUGGGGGGCCCGUCUGCAAGGGCUGCAAUAGUUCCCUGUGUCUCUCCAGCAAGUCACCCAGCACUCGGGCUCAUGCAUCUUGCAUGUGGUUUUAUUUCUUUGUGCAUCUUGCACGUGGUUUUAUUUCUUCCGUCUUCUGGGGGAGGGGGAUGCUGCUUUCGCUUUUCCUUCCCUAGCUGAGGUUUCCCAUGUGCGUCCUCAGAGGCUCUGGCCUCCCAGAGCCACAACCAGGAAGGGAGGCUGAGCGGGUGUCCGUCCCCCAGAGAAACCAAGGGCAGGGUGGCUCCCAGAAGCCAGCCCAGGCCCCCCGCUUAGUGCCCCUGUCUGGGCUCUGCACCCAAGUGGAACAGCCUCAGCUUGUCACGGCCCCCCCAGAGCCACACGAGGUGCAGGGCGGGGUGGGACGGGGCAGCCAGCCAAAGAGGGUCACUAGCGCCCUGCCGCAGCCCCCCCCCGUAGCAGCCCCCGGCCCCUGCCACCGUGCUCACCGCCUUCUAUCUCGAAGUUAACGCUCUUAGAGUCAGACUUCUGUUCAUUUCUGUACAGGCACAACAGAUGACUUUAUUUGUUUAAAUGUUUAAUAUAUACAUAUAUAUUGUCUCUAAGAAUUAUGUUUUAAACAGCUGCUGUAGGGUACCUUUAAAAAAAAAGUCUUCCGAUGGAGUAUAUUUUUUAAAGCACAAAAUUGGUACCAAGUCUGGGUGAGGAAUGUAAAUUACCCCCUUAUUAUUUCGAGGUUUUUUCCAAGGGCAGGGAGGGGGUGGGCGGGUGGGGUGGAAACCUUACCUGGAAGACUUUUAAAGACUUUUCCUCACUCCCGUUUAUGGGUGGGUCAUGUUCUCACGAAUGUUGCACACGAGAGAGUGUUACGUCUGCAGAUCCCAGCCCCACCGCCUGGACCCGGCUGUCUCCCACGGACCCUGGAUGAGCUUCGACCUGUCAUUUCUCUGCACCCCUGUCCCCAGCUUCCCAAACCCCGGCCCACCCUUCUUGCCUCUCAGCCCAGAACCUUGUGACCUGUACAGUUUUGAAACUUCCGUUCUAUUUUAUGAUGGUUAAUAAUAGUCAGUAACCUAAUAAAGGAAAGUUUAUUAAAAUACAAAACCA